GUUAUUGACUGCGUAAGCAGUACGCGCCGUGGGAAACCUGACCAGCCGCAUGGCUGCGGGUAGCUCAGUGUCUCCGCGGCCGAAGGCGGCCUCAGAAGGGCCGGUGGUGGGACCAGCCGGCGUCUUGCCUUGCCUAGAAUUGCCUACCUACGCGGCCGCUUGUGCGCUCGUGAAUAGCCGCUACUCCUGCCUGGUGGCGGGGCCGCACCGAAGACACAUCGCACUGUCGCCGCGCUACCUUAACAGGAAACGCACCGGUAUCCGAGAACAGCUCGAUGCCGAGCUCCUGCGCUAUUCCGAGAGCCUUUUAGGUGUACCCAUUGCUUAUGAUAACAUCAAAGUAGUUGGUGAAUUAGGAGAUAUUUAUGAUGAUCAAGGACACAUUCAUCUUAACAUUGAAGCAGAUUUUGUUAUUUUCUGCCCUGAACCAGGGCAAAAACUUAUGGGUACAGUUAAUAAAGUGUCUUCCAGCCACAUUGGCUGUUUAGUACAUGGGUGCUUCAAUGCCUCCAUUCCUAAACCUGAACAGAUGCCAGCCGAGCAGUGGCAGACUCUGGAGAUAAACAUGGGUGAUGAACUAGAAUUUGAAGUAUUUCGUUUAGACUCAGAUGCUGCUGGAGUAUUCUGCAUUCGGGGAAAACUAAAUAUCACUAGUUUACAAACCAAGUGCUCUGAAGUUUCUGAAGAAGUAACAGAAACUGGCACUGAAGAAGCUACUGAAAAACCUCAAAAGAAGAAAAAGAAAAAGAAGACCUACCCAGAGCCAUAUGAAGUGGAAGGUGGUACCACAGAGCUAGCAGAUUUUUCAGAUGUUACCGUGAAGGAAGAGACAGAUCUGCAGAUUAAUAACCAUGUGAAUGGCCUCUGGGAGGAAGAGCCAAAGAAGAAGAAGAAGAAAAAGCACCAGGACCCUGUUUUCCAAGUCUAAGAGGUUGAUGGAGAGGCUGUUUUCUGACAGACACUUGUUCAUUUGUGCCUCAACCAUUCUGCUUUUGUUGUGUGUUGGAGAGGAGGAGGGUCUGCUGAAGACAGGAAAAAUCUGAUUCUGACUAGUGGGGAAUUUCCCUACUUUUAAUAUUUGAGUUAAGCUACGAGAAAUUAUUGAGAAGAGAAAUUAUUAUGAAGAGAAAACAGCUAUUCACUGCUUUCACUGAGAAAAUGUGGAAUAUGUCUUAACUAUUGGAAAACAGUGGAAAACAGUGAAGAAUGAAAUGACAAGCUGGUUCAGCCUGAUAAUCAAUGCAAGGUCGUAUUCAUUCAUUUAACAGGUAUUUGAUGAUCUGUGUGUAAAACAACACAUUCUACUAAGGUCCAGGGGUAUAAUGGCAAACAAGGUAGAAAUAAUUCCUUCCCUCAUGGAAUGUCAUAGGAAAAACAGAUGCACAUACACAAUAUAAGUAAGAAAAUACAGAAAAUUACUAAUUGUGGUAAGUGCUACAAAGAAAAAGAAGAUUGUGUACUCACUGUUAGUUGGGAUCCAUGGCAGCCAUUUUCAUUGCCAUUUAUCUAGUAUCAGACAGUACUGGUCUUACAUGUUUAAUGUUUGUUAAUGUAUGGGUUCUCAUAGUAGUAGAUCUAAAUCUGUAAUGAUAGAAUAUAGAAUUUGGAGAGUGGCAGUCAUUCACAGUGUUUGUCUACAAGCACAUGUGCCAGACAGUGGAAAUGUGCAGGCCACUAUCUUUCCUUAUCAUUAGGUUCAUGUGGAAAUUUAGCCCUCAAAAUGUAGCUAGUCCAGAUAGAGAUGAGGUAUCAAUCAGUAUAAAAUACACAUCAGAUUUUGAAGAUGUACAAAGAAUGUAAAAUAUCUCAGUUUUGUAUAUUGGUGAGAUUAUAAUAUUUUGGUACAGUGGGGUAAAUAAAAUGUUACAAUUAAAUCAGCUUUUUUCAUUUUUUUUUAAAGAUUAAAAAUUGCAUCUGAGGGGCCCACAUUAUCUUUGUUUUGGACAGCACUGGUUUAAAGGAAGGAUGAGUUAAAACAAGCUAUACCAUAUUCUCAAGAGUUUAAUGUAGUACCAUACCCAGGAAAUGUCUUAUAAAUACUUCCUUUAAAUUUAAAUACAUAAUUAUAAUGUUUGAAUUAAUGUGAAAAAUUAAUGUUUAGUGAAACAACUCUAAAUCCCUUCUGGUAAAUACCAAGGAAGCUGUUAAACUGAUGCUAUUCAUGGAAAAAUACUUUGUGGCUUAGCAAAAUAAAUUCCCACAUAUUUAUUGUAUUUUGCUUCAGUUGCUGCUUCUGUUAAUCAAUCAAUGUUGUAUUUUAAAAUAAUUUGCAUCUUUGAAGAAAAACGUAUGCUGAACUUGAAACUAGAUUUAUUCAUGGUUUUUCACAAUGUCUGUCAGUAGCUUUGAAAAGGCAGAUCUAGUCAUUUGCCUUGCCUAGAAUAAAGUGACAGUGACAGUUGUUUUUAUCUGAUACAGAAACCUCUGAUGAUGGUAUCUUCCAUAUAUCCUUCAAAACACUUCACUAAUCUAGGUUUUUCCUUUUUAUCUUGGAAUUUGCUCAUUAAAAUCCUCUAGCCUAGACUAGACCCCUUAUCCUCUCUUCAGUUCCUAUUAAUUAAUCAUUGGGAAUAAACAGAAGUUUGAAAUGUUUUCAGGGCUCUGGUCACCACAACACCAAUCACACCCUCUAUCAAGGGGAUAAUGGCCAGCACACACUGAGGAAAAAUGUGGCAGGCAUCCAUACUGAAAACAGCCCUCCAAAACUAUUAGACUCAUGCAGGCUACACAGGGAUGCUCCCACAUAAAAACAGCCCUUCACAGUAGGUAAGUUUCUCCUAAAUUCAUAGAGAAAUAUAAGUAAAAUGAAGAAGCAGAGGAGCUAGUCCCAGUAAAAGAACAAGAGAAAGCCCCUUGAUCUAGAAGAUACAAUAAUGGAAAUCAAUCAGAACAGCAGACAAUGAAAAAAAAUGAAAGCAAUAUAUGAGGCCUAUGGGAUAAUAUAAAGUCGGCCAGUCUACACAUAAUUGGGACGCCAGAAGGAGAAGGAAGAGAAACAGGAAUGGAAAAUGUAUUUGAAGAAAUUACAGCUGAAAACUUCUCAAAAUUAAAGAGAUAUCCAGGCACAAGAAGCACAGAGGGUCUCAAACAAGAUGAAUCCAAACAGACCUACACCAAGACAUAUAAUUAAAAUGGCAAAAGUUAAAGAGAGGAUUCUAAAGGCAACAAGAGAAAAAGAGCUAGUUAAAAGGGAACCACCUUAAGGCUAUCAGCUAGUUUCUCUACAGAAACAUUGCAGGUCAGAAGGGAGUCUCAAGAUACAUUCAAAGUCCUGAAAAGGAAAAACCUGCAACCUAGGAUACUCUACCCAGCAAGAUUAU